UUGUGUCCGAGUAGGUUGCUGCUGAAAAAAUUGCAGACCAUUUAGAUUGGCAUGCAGAACAGUUAGUAUUGGGCAGUCGGAACUGUCUUAGAUCCAUCAUAACUGAGGGGAAUCGUUAACCUAGUCUGGACUCCAAGGUUAAGUGGUUCUGAAGAAGGCUCACGAAUUUUUAAUUUUGAUUUCUCAAUAAAAACGACUCCAUCAAUCGAGCCAAGAAGACUUUCUCGGCCGAGAAUGUUACACAUUCUAGCAAUUAGCACCUUAUGGUAAAGACAACGGAGAUCGGAUGGAGACGGGGUCAAGUGGUAACUGUGUAAAUCUUGCAUAUUCCGGUUUCUUUACCAGUACCGUAAGCCACUUCUCACCCAUUUAUUAGUGGAGCUGCCAAUUCUGACGCCCAUCGUUUGUGCAACCUGCAAUCUUUGCAAAUUGCAUUUAGUUGGCUCAAAGCUCGGGUUAAGAUGGUUGCCUUUUACUGGGAGUUUUCUUUGGGUGUGGUCUUGGUUUUGGGACUCCACUUGGUAAACUGUUUUCUAGUGUUUCCUCGUCAGGGAUCCUUUGGUUUGCUGGCUGCUGUCGCUAUUCCUUUGGAUCUGGGGCCCAAAAAUGUGUAUAUGGCCUUCAACUUUGAGUCCAACUAUGCACUGCCAUCCAAUGAUUCCUACAAUCAGUGGAUCGAUAGGUGGGAUCUGGAUGAUCACUUCAUGGGCGUUGGAGGCAAUGUCACGCCGAUUAAUGCCCGCCAAGAUGGAGGAGAGUUUUUAAAUGAAGAGGACAACGAGGUGAGACGUCGUUCGGUGGGAUCUCCACCACCUUUCAGGCGCCACGACUUCUACCGCAGUAUUAUAAACUUUCUGACCCACUAUGGAUUUAAUGGCUCUGCCUGCUUGCUGCGAACCAUCUGCGAGGUCAGCGAAUCGCCCCUGGAUGCCCAAAACGGUCUGGUGGGCAGCCUGUUUCAGAUUCUAUUCAUGCCAACGACGAGUGCCGCGGAGCGGGAACUGCAGCACGUGGAUGGACUUUACGAGGCCUCCGAUGCGGGCACGCGUGGCCUGGGUUGCUCCGAUUACGUGGACCACUGCGAACAUAGUGCUCUGGACCUGAUAAGCAUUGUGUUCUGAAUAACUGGGGAGGCGACAAUUUUUAAAUUUUUAAUUAGAACCAAACACAGAGAAAGGCGGUCUUUGGUCAUUUGUGCAUAAUUGUCUUAAUUUAACUUUUACUAUUGGUAUUUACUUCCUUAUUCAAGAAAAUAUUAAAAUUUCAUUAGCUAACAAAAUGUAGUAUAAAUCGUUGAUACCAACAUUAAUAACAAAUUGUUAAAGAUUUAAAUUUCUUUAAAGGAAAUCUUUUGAAUAACUAUUUAUUUAUAUUUUAUAAGGUCGUUUUCUUGUCAGAGCUUCAAACUAAAAUGUAUAGUUUAAAACCUACAUUUGGUUUAACAUGCGGACGAAAAAUUUGAUCUAAUAUUAAACCUCCAUUAUUUUGAAGACCCCACAUGUCUUUAAACAUAUU